AUGUCGGACGAGGUGCUGCACCUCGCUCUCGGAAGGCACACCUCCGCGGACAUCUGGGCCUCUGUCUCCUCGGCGCUCGGUUCCACCAGUGAAGCACGGUGCAUCAAUCUUCUUGGGCAGUUCCAGCAUCUCCGGCAAGGGAACUCUACAAUUGCUGAUUACCUCGCACGAGUCGGCGUGCUCGUCGAGUCUCUCAUCCAGGCCGGCCGGCCAUUGUCGCUUAUGGAGCAGACGCUGUACGUCACCCGUGGGCUCCGACCGGAGCUAAAAUCACUAGCGACCAGCCUCACGGCGUCCGGCGCACAGGUCACUCUGUCCAACCUGUCCGACUUCCUCCAAGCCCACGAGUUCAUCCUCGUGGAUGACUAUCCAAUGGCGAACGGGGCGGCAUCUCCCGUGGCUUUGUAUGCCGGAACCGGCAGAGGUUCACACGGCGGGUGCGGCAGGCAGUCGUCGAACCAGCACCGAGGUGGAGGUGGUGGUCGUGGAAAACGCGACGGACAGCAGCAACGCUGA